AUGCAGCUCGCGCGGGAGCCACCACCGUGCAGCCAUGCCACCCUGCCGCCGAGCCCGGCGUGUCAGCCGCAUGGCAAAGCAAACACAACGGCGCCGAUGUGCAGGUUCCCAGGUCUCGCAGAUGUGUCGAUAUCUGAAGAUAUUCCAGUGGAAGGGGAGAUUACUGUUCCUGUCGGAUCUCGCUCUCCUGAUGAAGACUACUCCACGCUGGAUGAGCCUGUUAGGGAUACUAUUAUGAGAGAUCUGAAGGCCGUUGGGAAGAAAUUUGUCCAUGUCAUGUAUCCGAAAAAGAGUAGUGCGCUCCUCAGAGACUGGGAUCUUUGGGGCCCUUUGGUGCUUUGUGUCUCACUUGCACUGAUGCUUCAGGGUGGAUCAGCAGAUAGCAAGGACGACGGAGGGCCCCAGUUUGCUGAGGUCUUUGUCAUCAUCUGGUUUGGUGCAGUUGUCAUCACACUAAACUCAAAGCUUCUUGGAGGAACUAUAUCCUUUUUUCAGAGCCUGUGCGUUCUGGGUUACUGUGUCCUGCCCCUGACAGUAGCAAUGCUGGUGUGCAGGCUGGUACUGCUGGCAGGUUCUGGGACUGUCAGCUUCAUUAUACGUCUUAUUGUAGUAGUAGCUAUGUUUGGCUGGUCAACGUUAGCAUCUACAGCUUUCCUGGCAGACAGUCAGCCUCCAAACCGCAAAGCUCUUGUUGUGUACCCCAUCUUCCUCUUCUACUUUGUUAUCAGCUGGAUGAUUCUCACCUUUACACCUCAGUGAUCUCCGAUCAGAAGAGACGAGACUGUAAUACGGACUGAAGUUUUUUCAUGAACGCUGCAGUUAAUCAUUGGCUUUAUCUCUUUCUAAUUUAUAUAUAUAUAUAGAUAUUGUAAAAAGGCAGGUUAUGGGAUAAAGCCAGAGAACUGCACAAAUUGGUCAUUUGUGUGUCCCUCUUUUUGAAAGAUACAGAGGUCCGGCUGCUGAGGGGUUUUUUAUUUAGCCCUGCUCUUUAGUUGUGUUAAAUAAAAAAUGCCCACUGUGGCAGGGAUUAUUCUGCCUGAGGAACAGAGCAGGAGAUCCUGGAAUUUCAAGACGUUGGGUAGAGGAAGGUGAAAUUAUAGAAUCGCACGACUUGGCAGAAUUCUUGCUUGUGCUCGGAUUCUCGCUGAAGAUGAAUAUGCCUUAUGAAAGAAUAGACCUUCAUUGCUGUUAUGUGUGGGUAGGGAAGAAAUGUGUUUGACUCCUGUUCUUUUUCAUUCACUUAUAGAGCGGUGAAAUGUAUAUAAAGCACAUCAUAGGACUGUGAGCUAUCGCUCUGAAAUUGGAUUUCAGCAAAAAAUGAGUCGGGUCCAUUUUGCAAUUAAUUGGAGCUGGGCGGGGGGGGACUGCCUUUGCUCGUAUUCAUGUAUUGUGCAGUUAUGUUUCAUCCCUUCAGAUGUCGAGAAAGAGUCUUUCAGGCAAAUGCCUUCGGCACCAUCGUUACACUGACUAAUCCUUGUGUCGCGUGAGAGGGAGUGUGUUUACACUGGAUAGUUACAAAUCUUUUCGUGUGACCAUAGAUUAGAGAGUUAAAAGUUCUGGAGAAACAGUCAAGACUGGUUUGCAACAGGGACUUAGCUGUCACUCUGCAUAUUGAGAACGGAAAGUUGUCUGGAGAAUACCAAGUAAAGUGUGUGUGUGUGUGUAUAUACACAUAUAUGUGUUUUAAAAAAAAAAGUUUGUGAGGUAGGUUGAGGUUUUGAUCCGUAAGAUGUUUGGGUGCUAACGUACCACACCAGGACUUACGCCCGAAAGUUUUAAAAUGGGUUGGAGGAAGGAAACUAAAUCGUGAUGAAGGUGGUGGCUGCUGUGAAGUAGGAUGUGAAUUCCCGUCUUCACUGCUUGUAUGUGACUCUUCAUUUGGUUGUUUACAUGGACAGUGUUUCAACAUAAAUGCGUACAAAUUUGCAUAUUGUUUCUUUGCACUUGUAAUGACAUGUGAGAAACUUUUCUAUGGGUUUUUGGGUUUUUUUGGUUUUACGUUCGUGGGU